AUGCCGCAAGUUGCAAAACUGGGCGUGGCUUCAUGGAAACCGUAUCUAGAAAAUUUCGGCGAAAAAACGAAAUUGUUGUAUAAUUCUGAAAAUUUCUGGGUUUUUUUAUUCCAAUUUUCAAGUGAAAGUUCGAGCUUAAAAAAUCAAUCAAUUCGCUCUCAAAAUUCCCAAAAUUCCAGCCUCUCUCAAAACUUGUCAAACUGGCUGGAAUUCUGAAAAAAGGUGUUCUGAGUUUUGUGGUCUUCGAAAUUUCCGCCGCCGCCAUCGGAUUCGCCGCCUUUCGAACACUGCGAAGAUCUGAAGAAAAACGAAAAUAUUUGUAUUUGAAUUGGCCGAAUUGUGCUGCUUCGUAUUAUUGGUUGGAGGAUUCGAUAUCGUUUGGACAACUUACUGUAAGUGAAAAAUUUGGGAAAUUUCGAGACCAAAUUUCAUAGGAAUCCGUGGAUUUUGAGAUAAUUUUCAACUGAAACUCAGGAUUUUGAUCUUCAAAUCUUAAUUCAGCACUAAAAAAACCCGAGUUUCAAUUUAAGCUUGAUAUCCUAAUUUCCAGGGAACCCGACUUCGACUAAACGAUCAACGUCGUUGGGCACAAAUCGACACCGAAAACAACAUCGAAUCAGAUUAA